AUGAACGUGAACGUUAUCAUGGUAGUACGAGGACGAGGUGAAUUUACAUUUAAAACGUCUGAUAUCCUAAGAAUUAUUAAUGAGAUAGACGUAGGCGUUUUCAUUGGUAGUACAAAGGGUUCUCUCACAGCAAAACCGUGCUUAGACUCUCGGUAUGCGAAAGAACAUACAAACCUCCUAUGUGAAUCAUAA